AUGGCUAAACGCACCAAGAGGGUCGGAAUUGUGGAUAAAUCCAGGACCCAUUAUGGUGCCUCCCUCAGGAAAAUGGUGAAGAAGAUUGAAAUGAGCCAGCAUGCCAAGUACACUUGCUCCUUCUGUGGCAAAACCAAGAUGCAACGACGAGCUGUGGGGGUCUGGCCUUGUGGCUCCUGCAUGAAACCCGUCGCUGGUGGCACCUGGACCUACAACACCACUUCUGCUGUCACAGUAAAGUCUGCCAUCAGACGACUGAAGGAGUUGAAAGACCAGUAGG